AUGUCGAAAACUGAAGAAACUUUACGCAAUUGUGGUCGUUGGAUAUGUCAUUCGUUUGAUAUAUUAAAAGCAAUUAUAAUACGAAUCAUAUUUGCACUUCAUGCGACAAUUGCAAUCAUGCGUAUUGUUAUUGCGAAAGGUGAUUAUUGGUAUCUACUGAAUAUGUGCGGAGUGAAUUUUCUUCUUAUUGAACUUGUUAUAACUGUUGUUACACGAAAAGGAAAAGAGCCUAAAUGGUUUUCUCCAUGCUUUUUUCUCUAUAUAUGUACAAUGAUACCGCCAAUAUGGUUUCUUGAAAUUCAUCGAAUCAAUGUUAAACUUGGCGUUGACUUAAUCAAUCAGACCGAAGUUGAGGAAUUACAAAAAAUUAUUGGAAGAGAUUUUGUAUCGGGAACCAGUCUCAUCAACAAAAAGAGACUAAUGAUGCUCACUAUUGAAGAUUGGGUUGUGGCUAUUGAAGUAACAUUUUUAAUGAUUAUUAUUGUUGGUCGUUGGUUAUUACCAAAAGGAAAAAUUAGUCGUUCUGCUCUCUCUCAACUUUUACUUGUUUAUCUAUCGUUAGCAUCGGAUAUGAUCGAUUUAUUAUCAAUAUUUCAAGAAUAUGAAGUUAUAAAAAAUAGUAAAAUGAUCUAUUCAACAUUGUCGGUUUUUUCUUGGUCAACAUUUCAAUUUAGUCUAAGUCUUGUUGCAUCACGCGGUCGAACAUUCCGCGUAGAACCAGACCACCGCUGUCAAAAUAUUCAACAGCAAUCUCGACGUUCAAAUCCACAACGCAUUAAAACUACCUAUCAAAAAUUAGCCAGCAGUGAACUACCAUCUAUAUUUAUUACAAUAUUAAUGCAAGAUUUACCAUUUGUUGUCAUUCGUUUAAUUGCUGUUAUUCAUUUUAAAGUAAAUUCGUAUACGACAAUAUUUUUCACUUGCAAAAAUCUUAUUAUUUUAUUUUUACAAUUCUAUCGUCUAUGGUCAAUUUGUAUUGAACAUAUUGAUCAAGAUGAACAAAUUGAUUUCGAUAAACGUUCAGCAAAACAUCGAUUACCAUCUGUGAAAAAAAUGACGACUACUACUACUAUUCCAUUGAUGGCAGCAUGA